CGCAAGGCACUCCCACGUCGGGGAUGCUUUUGAGGUGAACAACAGAACUUUAUAAGAUGUGGAUAUGGGGAAAAAACAUUAACUUGAUGAGAGAACUCCUCUCUCACCAGCGACCUUUUCGUUUUCCUUCUCGUUUUUAACGAGACAAAAGUGUUAAGUGUUAAUAUACAGCUCUAGUUAAAUAAUAUUGAGUAAAAUAACGAUACGAGCAACGUGGAUUUAAUUUGUGAGAACAGAGGCAUUCCAUUCCACGAAGAUGGGAAUCCAUGACGGGAUUCGGGCAUCCCUACCUCGCUCCUUAUAGCAUCUUUCACAAGGAGUGAAGGAAAGAAAGGGAGAGAUAAGGAGAACGCACAUAUACAAUGAUCGGAGAAAUCAUUAAAGCCAAUCCCGAGGCUAACUACCCCCGACCUGAAGCGGCGAUCUGCCCGGACUCUCCAAUCUGCGCCGCACCGGAUAACGGGCAACUGUUCACCAGGAGCGCAUCGUCCAGGAGAGACACCCAGACGUCCAGCGGCAGUGUCAACCCAGAAGAGAGCAGCACCCAGCCCCUAGUUUCAUCUGCUGCUGCCGCUGCCUACAUGAUGACAUCGGGUGAUUUCAUGCAGACCGCUCCUCUUUUUGUCCACAAAUCCAAGAGGAAUCUCUUCUACAAAAUGAUGUGUUUUGCCUUGCUGGUAGUGCAGGGCGGCAUCCUGGAUGUGUACCUGAUCGCCUUCACGGAUCUCUACUGGUGCUCCUGGAUUGCCACCGAUGUUGUGGUGGUCUCAGGCUGGGGCAUCUUCUUCGUGAAAAAUGCCCGGAGCAAGCGAGAGCGCGCCUGUGGGUUCCACCAGAAGAGCUCCAUCUUCGGCUGCAACCUCGGGGAGUUCACCUUUGCGUAUCUGGCAUGGCUAAUCUAUGUGAUAGCGUGCACACCUAAAGUGAUUCUCAUCCUCGAGACAUCCAUCCUAGAAAUCAUAGCGAUUAGAGUGCCGUUUGGGGUCACUGGCUUCAAGAUAAUCAUGCUGCUCUCCGUGCCUCUGCUUUACUGUCUCAUCAACUCCAUCAUCGAAGACCUCAAUGGGGCGACGCGCUACCAUUCCCAAAGUUGUUUUGUGAGUAGCUGCGUGGACAUUCUGGACUGCUACGUCCUUGUUGAGAUGCUCCUGAAAAACGAGAUUCUCAACGUCUACCUGCGUUAUACGAUCAUAUCGGUGUACUUCGUAGCCCUCAUCGUUCCAGUUAUCUGGCUUUACGAAUUGACUGCGUCGGAGAUGAACUGUCGCUGGAUUUGGGCGAGGUUUUUCCCCGGCGUACUGGUCAACGCACCUCUCCUGGUGGUCAGGUGUUUUCAGGUCUUUGUUUACAACGGGCCCGUUACGGUGUUCAUGUUCAAGAACGUGUUCUUCUUGGGCUGCAAGUGCAUAGAGUUAAUUGAGCAGUGCUUUGCCAUGAGGGGUGUCCGGAGGUACGCCAGCGGAAGCAAUCAGGCCCAAUUCUCACACUGUGUCUCCGAGAACGACAUGUGCCCUCAUGGGUAUGUCAACACACUGGCUGUCAAUACUCAGUCGUAGGUGAUCCGUGCCAGCAAAGUCGGUCAUAACAUUUGACUUCACACUGGAUACCCGAGGCAUCGGUGCAGGUGUUUAAUUUUUUCAGCCUUAUGAAAAUGUCCAACGCUCAAUUCCCAACAGGUGCUAAAACCAAACCUUAAUCCACCAUAUGCAUUCCUACACCUGCCUAUAUGACCGGACCUUUUCUGAUGCCUUUACAAGAAAAAUAUCCUCGUUGACCAGUGGUUGUAAUAGUGAUUUGUGAAUUGCAGUGAUUUGCACUCGUAAUUUGUGGGGCACUUUAAGGGUGAGAAUAAAUUUAAUUGAUCUAACCUUACGCAGGUGCAAUAUGGAAUAUGUGAUGUUCAGUAAGAAAUGUAUCAUUUUUUGAUGUAAAUUGGUGUUUUAUACUUACAACGUAAUGUCUCAUAAAUGUCGUGGGUUUUCCAAAUAAUGCCAACCAGUUUUCUAAAACCAAUUCCGUGAGAACAUAAUCUCGUUUGGUACAGUUAAUAGACCUCUUCGUGUAGAAAAUCUUGUCUUUUUCCUGAAAUGUCUCAUGCCAGGAAUACAAUAAUGUCGUCUACUUUUAACUGACCCUCUAGGCUAUAUAAUUAGUCGCAUAAUUACCCAGGGUAAUCAUGUGCAAAAUGCAUGUCAUUCCUGGCAUGCAAUUUGCUUACAAUAUCUGAAAACUUCACUCCAAAUACCGUUUGGGUUAAUAUUUUGUAUGAUAGUGACUGAACUCUUUUGUUUUCUCAUUGCUUUGUCAAACUACCUCUUUGUUUAAACAAUUCCUUAUCAAAUUGACGUGCCUGUGCAGCCGUAGCUUAACCUACUUGAAAGGCUUUUACUUCCCUGUUUCUGAAUCAGAGGGCAUUAUCCCUUUGAGCACUGAAAGAUGUCCCAUGGCGGUCGUUAUUAUAACAUUUCGAUCGACCAGACAAUUUGCCGCACUCAUUAUACCAAUUGGAAACUAUUUAAACUGAAAAAAAGAAACAGACCCAAUACACCUUGCAAUUAUUACGCUUGACGUGCUUCAUUCGUGGCAUAACUGGACUUGUCCAUUAAUAUUUUGGUGACAUUAAAUAGGCAACAAAAUAGUCCAACAAAAGAAGAGAGACAAGAACUGUCGAUAAGUAACCUAUAAAAUGGAUUAAACCAAAUAUUAUUUUCUCCAAACUAAUCAGAAUCGGUCCCCAUAGUUGCAUUUGUGUGAGUUACGGCGGCAGGAGUCCAGACAACCACUACUGAAAAAUGAAAACUGAACGAGACUGCAUUUGCUGUUCAUCAAACAGUAAUAACUAAGAAAGAGUAAAUUAAUAUUAAGAAAUACAACAGAGAGCCACAGAAUGUAGGCAUGAUUUAUUAUUUUCUGAAAGCUACUGAAUAUGCAGGCCAGCAGUGCAUUAAGUAAAUGAAGCAUUAUUUUGUGCCUCCUUUCAAAACUCACACACAAAUUCAAAACUGUAAUUUAAGACAUGCCGUACAGAAGAUUUACCCCCCCUCCACCCUUAUCUUUUAUUUUCUAAUGAUGAAUGAAUUACAUCAUACCAAAGUGUGUAAAGGUAUAUUAAAACAAACAUACAUUUUCUUUAUAAAUGAUCUACUCAAUGUGAAACCAUUAGAGGAAGCAGAGCACUAGUUUGCAAUGCAUUGGAUUUAGGAUUAUGAAAGUGUCCCCUGUCCUACCAAAGAAUGUAGUCAAGUAGAUCGAUGCAUAUUUGUUGAAAAAAUUUAAGGGACACACACACAAACAUUUCCUUGGAAUCAGUUUCUCUGACCACACAAUUGUUUGUAAAUUGUUGCCAGAAUAUAUGUCCAGUUUCCACUUCUUUACCGAAAGUAUAUCAUGUGGAAAACAUUGUAUCUGUAAACUGAUAUGAAUCUUUUUUUAAGUACUUAUUACAUGUACGAUAAGAUAUGGAAUUACUGGCAUCUU